CCAUCCCCGUACCAGCGAGUCCCUAUGCAGUCCCAUUACCACCACCUCUGCAUCCAUUCGUCUUAUCUGGUACUCGUCAAAGGUCGUGGCCAGGGCUUGCGACGUUCUCGUUGCUGCUCUGCUCAUGCGCCAAACCACACCUUGACUUAACAGAUCGUUGUGAGCAGUACCUUGCCACUGACCCAUCGCUCAAACGCCUCCCACCACUUUCCCCGAUCCUCCUCCACCAUGGCAGCAGUCGCCAUGCCCUCCAUUACCACCUCCCCCAAACUCGCCUCUACCGCCCUCGACACCCCUCACGACCUCUCUGAGCCACUCCCUCUCCCUCAAGUCCACACUCCUCCUACCACCGACGAAGCAAGUCACAAGGACGACGACGCCGCCUCGAGUUCCUCCCUCUCCGAUCUCGGCGAUGACACCGAUGAUGAAGAAAACCGCCUCAGGUUUGAAGAUGCUGCACGCGCCGGUGCAGAGGCUGAACAGACAUCUGAAGUCAAGCCCGACAGAUAUGAAAAUGGUGUACCUAUCUUCACGCCGACUAUGGAACAAUUCAAAGACUUCGAGCGAUACGUCAAGGGUGUUGAUCCGUACGGCAUGCAGUCUGGAAUCGUCCUGAUCGACCCUCCUGAGGAAUGGAAACGAGCCCGCAAAGCCUUGGAUGAGAUGAUCAAGACCAUCAAGAUCAAGAACCCGUUGACACAAGAGUUUCACGGUGCUCAAGGAAUUUACACCCAACGCAACAUGGAAAAGAUGCGCUCCUAUAACCUCCCCCAAUGGAAAACAUUGUGCGAACAAACCGAAAAUCAGCCACCUGCACGUCGUGGUGAAAAGAGGUUGAAUGCAGACAAGCUGCUAGGAAGAGGCUCCGUCAAGUCCAAGAAACCCGAAUCCUCUCCAGGGCCUUCAAGUGGCAGACGACGGCCUGGCCGACCUCGAACUCGCCCGAUCAAGGAUGAGCCCAUCGAUCAAGACUCUACACUUCUUGCGCCGCCCACUCCUACCAGUCCGGACGUCAAGCCGAUGCCUCUCGAUCAAGAUGAAGGGGAGAACACGAUACUUGAAGGUACUGAGACCACACCAUCCAAGGGUAAAUCGGGCAAAAAGCCCGCCAAACCCCGUGGUCGUCAGCCGAAAACAGCAGGCAAAAAGGAAAGCGGAAGUGCGGAAACAACUGUUGCCUCUCGGCGGCUGCGCAACGCGCGUGAGGCUAACGAUGAGAUUGACGAGGAGGCGUUUGAAGAUUUUGAUUAUCGUGCCCAUGACAACGAUCAGUGGACGGCUGAGCGGUGCGACGAGCUUGAAGACAAAUACUGGAAGAGCUUGAACUUUAGCAACCCCAUGUAUGCCGCAGACAUGCCGGGAUCACUGUUCGACGACGACACCACCGCGUGGAAUGUUGCCAAGUUGCCGAACUUGUUGGACCUCUUGGGACAACCCAUCCCAGGUGUUAACACUGCAUACCUCUACCUAGGCAUGUGGCGAGCUACUUUUGCGUGGCAUCUGGAAGAUGUGGAUCUCUACAGCAUCAACUACAUCCAUUUUGGCGCCCCCAAGCAGUGGUACAGCAUCUCCCAGAAAGACGCCCCUAAGUUUGAGAACGCGAUGAAGUCCAUCUGGCCGUCAGACGCCAAAGCAUGCGACCAGUUCUUGAGACACAAGACAUAUCUCAUCUCUCCUUCAAUCCUCAAAUCCAAGUUCGGCGUCAAUGUCAACAAAAUCGUUCAUCGCGAAGGUCAAUUUGUGAUUACUUUCCCAAUCGGCUACCAUUCGGGUUACAACUUGGGGUACAACUGUGCAGAAUCAGUCAAUUUUGCCAUUCCUAACUGGCUGCAAUAUGGCAAAACCGCAAGGAAAUGUCAGUGUGAAGCCGACAGUGUCUUCAUUGAUGUGGACUGGUUCAUCCGAAGGAUGAAUGGGGAACCAUCUCCAGAGUACGAAGAAGUCGAAGUCACCGAUGAUGAAGAUGAGCUGGAUGAGCCCAUCGAUCUCCCCACUCCACCCAGCAGCGAUCGAGGCAAGGUCAAAAGUGGCCAGAAAAGGAAGCGCGCACCCAAAGAUUUGGGCCCCAACAAGAAGGCCAAGAAGAUUGUCAAGAUCCGGAAGGUCAGCAAGCAUCAGCCUUGUUGUCUAUGUCCAAACGACUUUUCCUGGGAAGAAUUGCUGCCGACUAGUCAUGGUCAAAAAGCCCAUCGAACCUGUGCCAUGUAUACGCCAGAAACGUACAUUGCAAAGAAAGAUGGCAAAGAGAUUGUGCACAAUGUGGAGAAUGUUAGCAAGGCUCGUUUGGAACUCAAAUGCUACGAGUGCCGCCAGAAAAAGGGAUCUUGUUUCCAAUGUUCUUCGGCCAAAUGCACAAAAUCAUACCAUGCAACAUGUGCUAUGCAAGCUGGUGUCCAAGUGGAUAAGGGCGAGAUUGCAGUAUGGCACCAAGGCGUCGAGUAUCGCGAUAUUGGCUUUGACUGGCGGUGUCGCCUUCACCGGACAGUGAAGAGGGCGAGAAUCACGAGUGAGCUUUCUGCCUGCAAUCAUGCCAACAAUGCUUGGGACAACAAGGAAUUCCGCACUUUUGUGUAUGGAUUGCAAAAGGGCGAGCUCAUCCAAUUCCAAGCCACUAAUUCCGACGAUGUUGAGGCUGGUAUGGUGGUCGCCGGUUAUGACAGCGGGCAAGACUCAAUUCUCGUCACCAUCCUACCAGAGAUGAAAACCAUCAAAGAAAUCGAUCCAACGUCAAUUCUUUUUGUGGACAGUGCAACUUCUUGUCUCCAGAAGCCAUCGGCUCAUGCACUGGAGCUUCCGGAAGAUCUUCAAGGCAAGACAGCGUCGUUGCCUGAAUCGAUGGAGAAAAAGCCCAGCGCAGGAGAUCCAUUUACUCAAGAGCCCCGAACUGAAUGGGCCGAGUUUGUCUCUGCAGAACCGGCAGAGAAUUCAUUACAAAAAGCCGUGGAUUUAUCCAAGUCAAAACACGUGUGGCUUUAUAUCGGAGAAACAUCCUCCGAAGCCAAGGCGCACUAUACGGCGGAUCCCGCGAACCGCAGCCACGACCCGGCAUCGAACUUCCUGGAAUCUGUCUCACCGCCGAAAGCUGUAAUGCCACCUCCUCCCCAACCAAAACGACAGUCUUUAGCUGCAUCUUACCCGAUGCUUAAUGUCGCUGCCCGUAAUGCUGCUAUGACCAACGUCAAGUACAAUGGCUCCGGUCCAGUAUUUUCCACGUUGCCAGGAACUUUCAGCGGGACAACGCAUAAUCUCACCAAAUCCGCUAGCCAGGAAAAAUUUGCCAACGCGCAGAAAUCAGCUCCGAUCAAGGCUUCAACGUAUCGGGACAUGCUUGCCGGGCAAGAGGCUCGUACGAAUGAGCAGAAAAGAAUCCUCCAACGACAAGCUUACAAGUCUCAACAACUUGACGCGGCUGAGUCCAGUAACCCGCUUAGUCAUCCACCCAUUGGUAUCGAUCAUGAUGCUGUACAGCGCCAGCGACAAUUUCAACUGCAGGCAUCUCAACAGGCCAAGCAUAUGACUCAAUGGUCCAACGAUCCUUCACUUCCGCCAUUGAAGCAGUAUUCUGAACCCUUCCCUAGCUUCCAGGAUGGUGACGCGGGUAAUCAAUAUGGCAACGGCACCAUGCUGAACUCUGCACCACGUCAACAAUCCUUUCAUUAUAGCAAUGACUGGAUGAAUCAAGCCCUCGGCAAUGGCGAUGGUCACUUUGCAGCGCCUCAGAAUGCCGGCAUGAACUCCAUGCUCCCUCAGUUUGGUUCACAGCAGCCAUCAUCCAUGCCCACUGGGGCUUUCGCGACUUACAACCACCACCCUCAGAAUCAGUUCGGCUUCCAGAAUGGCAUCAACAAUAUCAAUGGCAACGGAGGCCUAAAUUCGCCAUUUCAGCCAGCCCCGCCGCGGAUAGAGACAAUCCGAGCCGCCGCGAGCCAACCCCCUCCACCUCCACCUUCGGCCGAGUUGGAAAGGCAGAGGCGAAUAUCUAAUCCGGCAUACCCAUUCAAGAGCCCCGAUCAAAUCAAAGCUCAGAAGGAGGCGAAUCAGAGCUCUCCGCCCGGCAGCCGACCAACAAGCUCUUACACGCUCCCAAGCCCCCGGUUACAACAUGACAACUAUCUGCACAAUAACUCAGCAUCAUCUUCCGCCCAAGCGAUUGACCCUCAAAAUCCACCUCAAUUCAUCAAUCCAAAUGCCACCCAAAUCAGCCCUCCAGGAACGAGUGCGGGACAUCGAUCCGCAAGAGGAAGUUUUUCAGGCCUCGGCAUGCACAUGUCCAUGGGGCCCCCAGUCCAGCCUGUUUUGAAACGCUCGCAAUCAAUGGACAUGGAUAGUGACUUGGCGCCUUUCCCGGCUAACUACCUGCCCACCUCCACAUUCACCCCGAAGCGAUCCGCCUUUGAUCCGCUGACCAAGAACGCACAUGCCCUCACUCAGCACAAACAAGUCCAACAGUCGGAGCCGCCCAUGGCGAGACCAUCGCCCCUACUUGCAGCAAGUUUGGAGAAAAGGCCUCUCGGGUCGAAUGGGCUGAUGCUCAAUGAUCGACCUCCCCCACAGCAACUUCUUGAUUGGCAGGCUCGUGGAGGAUUCUGGGGCAAAGUGGCCAAUUACUAUAUCAGCCGACAUCAAGAGCAGGCCACAGUCUAUCGGUCUCCAUUCUCGGGCUCGUCGAUUUGCGGACCGCAACAACUUGAGCCGACAUUGGCACAGAGAUACUACGAUAGUCUUGAAUCCGAGCAGAAGAUCAAGAUUGAUGAGAUGAGGGGUCCAAUGAGCGGGUGAACCCACUGUGAUUGGACAUUGUUAUCUGGAGUGCGUGGGGAUUCGCCAGCUUUCAAGACAUUGCAAAUGAUAUGUUGUCAGAACAGCAACGACGAGUGAUUGGAGGAUUUGACACGGGAUGGCCCCCAAAUGACCCAAGUGGCCUUCCAGCGCCUUCUUACUCAACUGCUCUAUUCAUGUUUUGGCGAAAUCGCGUUUCGGGUGGGGCGCUAGUUUACAACGUUUGACAAUGGUUGGGAAAGGAGACGAAACGAACAAAAGCACGACCGAGUACGACAUGAGCGAAACGCCACGACAAGGAGAUUUUUGCAGCGAUGGCUUUUCUGUGGUCUUUUAUGGAAAUAUGGAAGGAAUAGACAAAAAAAGACCCAACGUAUGAUCGGCACGACCAAGGCAGCCCUUGGUCUGUACAUUCAUUUAUUUCACGCUUGCUUGCGGAGCUCGGAUGUUUGUUGUGAUGGGAAGUAUUUGUCAUGGUGAGACUGAGCGAGCGAGGGUUGCGCAGGCAUCUAGUUAUCAAAGCAGUAGAGCUUACAAGAUGCUAGCAAGCAAUCAAACACUUUGACUAUACAUCUCAUGUCUUGACUUGUUUUUCCUCUGCUUGAUUCUAUCGUCUGACAUCAUG